CUUUCAAAGGCUUCUGGGAGAACUCUUGUUCUGGUGAACACCGCGUGCAUUUUGUGCUGUCAGCGGCCGGGUACACGAAGUGAAGACAUUAGCUGCGAUCCCACACACUGCAGGAGGAACGCCGUCAUGGAGGACCAUGGUAGUGUCCACUCCAGUUUUUCUCACCCCGUGUACAGCCGCUACUGGCAGCACUACCAGCAGGCGAUGCACUGGUACCAGAGACACAGACAUGCCUACAAAAAGGCUUGGGAGGCUGCUUACGGGCCGGGUUACCCUGAUCAGUACAACACUGGCCAUCACCGCUAUGCUGACUGGCACGGGGGAGAGAGUAGCGGUAUAAAUGCAAGGGACAAUGUGGAGGAGUACGGUGGCACGGAUACGAAUGAGGAGGACAGUGACUCGGAUAGCGAGAUCGAAUGUGACGUCAGCAACAUGGAGAUCACUGAGGAGCUGCGCCAGUAUUUUGCCCAGACAGAGCGACACAAGGAGGAGCUCAAGAAGCAGCAACAGCUGGAAGCGGAGCAGCAGGAGCCCUACGCGUUGGCCGACCAGGAUAUGCACCGAGUUUCCUGGCGCAGCAGUGCCUUGCCGCCCUCUGAGCGGCCCGGCCAGCGUCGGGGAGUAGAGAUGAAGAAGCUUUACGGGGAAAACGCAGCGAAGAUCCAAGGCAUGGAGACCGCAAUGCAGCUCACUUUCGACAGAAACUGUGAUAGGAAACAGCCCAAAUAUUGGCCGGUCAUUCCCCUCAAGCUGUAGUUCCACCAGGGAUGUCUAUGUUCUGGAGCCCGCCCACAUGCUGCCUUACUAUAGACUACAAACUUGAAUAGAGCUGGUGAAAAAAGUCAGUAGGAAGAAAGCUGUUUGAAACGCAUAGAGACUAUUUUCAUCCAGAUCGCAAUACCAAGAAAUUCUACCAUAACUUCUUGUGACUACCAACAUUUUGAGAAAUGUGUUUUCUGCCCGUCUUACCAGUUAUUUUGUUUCUGGAUUAACAAUGAAAUGACGAAUACGUAACGAGUUGAAUUACACAGUUUUUCUGUUAGAGGUACAACUGCUGAAGACGCAUGCGAAAGAUGUGGAUAGGUGUUAUGCAUUUACAUGAACAUGUUGACUUCCCCGACGGAUGUUCGCAGACUCAGUAAUUCAGAUAGAUUUUCAGACAACGUUUUCUGUCGGACAAGGUCCAGUUUGCUCCACCAUCUGUGGUCCUUGAGUACCUGUGAUGUCAGUCUUGUGUUUUGAUGUGGAGGGAUUUCUAACUCUGUGUCACAAUGGUCCUCCUUGUACAGUUAACUGUAAAGGAAGAGUUGGCUGCUAUUUCUGUUUCACUGUAGAUCUUUUUCAUUUCAUCGUCUGUAGACUGAACCAUCAUCUUCAUUCCCCACAAUUCCACUUAAUGUUUUUCUCCGCCUUUUUCUUGAUUGUAUCUGUGUCUAAGUGACACUGAAUGGUCUCAUAUUCCCAGUACAUCUGUUUUAUACAAACUAUUCUUAUUUUUUAUAACAAUGUUGUUGAUAGAGUUUCAAAUAAAGAAUACAUAUAAUCUGUG